UUACCCUGUGGAAAGGCAGUCUAGUUUUGCAACGUUACCCUGCUUACAUGAACAAGGUCAUGACUCCCUGGACAGUAGGAGGCCUUUCGGCUCCGGCCAAGCUGACCUCCAGACCGGGCCGUUCUCCUCUGCUCCUCCUCCUCCUCCUCACCGUGCUCCUGCUGCCUCUGCCCAGCCUCUCUGGCGCCUCAGACCCUCCAAGAUUCAUCCAGAUUCCCAAAGACCAGAUAGUCGUGUCAGGGGGAACCGCCUCUCUUGUGUGUCAGGCCACAGGUGAACCCAGACCACAGGUUGAGUGGAGAAAAAAAGGAAAGACUAUCAAUUCAAGGCGUAUUGAUGUCAUAGGGUUUGAUGAGGGUGCAGGAUCUGUGUUGAGGAUCGAGCCUGUGAGAGCACCAGGGGAUGAGGCCACCUACGAGUGUGUGGCCCGCAACACAGAAGGAGAAGCAUCUGUCACCUCUAAACUCACAAUACUUAGUGAGGACAAGCUUCCCCACGGCUUCCCCAACAUAGAUAUUGGUCCUCAACUGAAGGUGGUGGAGCGCUCACGUACAGCCACCAUGCUGUGUGCUGCCAGUGGCGAGCCAGAGCCUGUCAUCACCUGGUUUAAGGACUUCCUGCCAGUUGAUCCCAGUGCCAGUGGAGGGCGCAUAAAAAUGCUGAAAUCAGGUCCUCUGCAGAUUGAAAACUCAGAGGAAACGGACCAGGGGAAAUGGGAGUGUGCAGCAACCAACUCUAAGGGUGUUCGAUUCUCUGUCCCAGCCAACCUUUAUGUGAGAGUGCGCCGUGUGCCCCCUCGCUUCCACACCUUCCCCACCAACCACCAGGUCAUGCCAGGAGGAAGUGUCAACCUCACCUGUGAGGCUGUGGGGUCACCCAUGCCCUUCGUCAAAUGGAUGCUCGGGUCUGAGGAUCUGACACCAGAGGACUCGACGCCAUUUGGCCAAAAUGUGUUGGAGCUGACGAACGUGCAACAGUCAGCCAACUACACUUGUGUGGCCAUGAGUUCCCUGGGCACUAUUGAAGUCACGGCUGAAGUCAUCGUGAUAAGCAUCUUAGAGCCUCCAAGAUUCAUCCAGAUUCCCAAAGACCAGAUAGUCGUGUCAGGGGGGACCACCUCUUUUGUGUGUCAGGCCACAGGUGAACCCAGACCACAGGUUGAGUGGAGAAAAAAUGGAAAGACAAUCGUUUCUCAACUCAUGGUCAUAGGGUUUGAUGAGGGUGCAGGAUCUGUGUUGAGGAUCGAGCCUGUGAGAGCCACACGGGAUGAGGCCACCUACGAGUGUGUGGCCCGCAACACACAAGGAGAAGCAUCUGUCACCUCUAAACUCACAAUACUUUGUGACAAGCUUCCCCAGGGCUUCCCCACCAUAGAUAUGGGUCCUCAGGUGAAGGUGGUGGAGCAGUCACGUACAGCCACUAUACUGUGUACCGCCAGUGGCGAGCCAGAGCCUGUCAUCACCUGGUUUAAGGAUUUCCUGCCAGUCGAUCCCAGUGCCAGUGGCGGACGCAUCAAACUGCUGAGAUCAGGUUCUCUGCAGAUUGAAAACUCAGAGGAAACAGACCAGGGGCAGUACGAGUGUGCAGCAUCCAACUCUCAGGGUGUUCGCUUCUCUGCCCCAGCCAACCUUUAUGUGAGAGUGCGCCGUGUGCCCCCUCGCUUCCACACCUUCCCCACCAACCACCAGAUCAUGCCAGGAGGAAGUGUCAACCUCACCUGUGAGGCUGUGGGGUCACCCAUGCCCUUCGUCAAAUGGAUGCUCGGGUCUGAGGAUCUGACACCAGAGGACUCGACGCCAUUUGGCCAAAAUGUGUUGGAGCUGACGAACGUGCAACAGUCAGCCAACUACACUUGUGUGGCCAUGAGUUCCCUGGGCACUAUUGAAGUCAUGGCUGAAGUCAUCGUGAUAAGCAUCUUAGAGCCUCCAAGAUUCAUCCAGAUUCCCAAAGACCAGAUAGUCGUGUCAGGGGGAACCGCCUCUCUUGUGUGUCAGGCCACAGGUGAACCCAGACCACAGGUUGAGUGGAGAAAAAAUGGAAAGACAAUCGUUUCUCAACUCAUGGUCAUAGAGUUUGAUGAGGGUGCAGGAUCUGUGUUGAGGAUUGAGCCUGUGAGAGCCACACGGGAUGAGGACACCUAUGAGUGUGUGGCCCGCAACACAGAAGGAGAAGCAUCUGUCACCUCUAAACUCACAAUACUUAGUGACAAGCUUCCCCAGGGCUUCCCCACCAUAGAUAUGGGUCCUCAGCUGAAGGUGGUGGAGCAGUCACAUACAGCCACCAUACUGUGUACCGCCAGUGGCGAGCCAGAGCCUGUCAUCACCUGGUUUAAGGACUUCCUGCCAGUCGAUCCCAGUGCCAGUGGCGGACGCAUCAAACUGCUGAAAUCAGGUUCUCUGCAGAUUGAAAACUCAGAGGAAACAGACCAGGGGGAGUACGAGUGUGCAGCAUCCAACUCUGAGGGUGUUCGCUUCUCUGCCAAAGCCAACCUUUAUGUGAGAGUGGGCAGAGUGCCCCCUCACUUCUCCAUCCUCCCCACCAACCACGAGAUCAUGCCAGGAGGAAGUGUCAACCUCAUCUGUGUGGCCGUGGGGUCACCCAUGCCCUCCGUCAAAUGGAUGCUCGGGUCUGAGGAUCUGACACCAGAGGACUCGAUGCCAAUUGGCCGAAAUGUGUUGGAGCUGACGAAUGUGCAACGGUCAGCCAAAUACACCUGUGUGGCCACGAGUUCCCUGGGCACGAUCUCAGCAGAGGCCGAAGUCAAAGUGAAAUGUGUGGAGGUGACUUGUACCAAGUGAACCACAUGGGGGAGACAGAGAGGAGGUGUACAGCAGCUGGACUGUGUACACCGUGAGGACCCGGGCUGUUUUUAUUUGUAAGACUGUGGGGGUAUCACUUGGGAAUAAUACAUACAGUGCCUACUCAAAUGGAUAGUAUAAAAGGGGAGACUAGAUAAUAGAUUUUGCCAUUCACUGAUCAUAGGGCAUUUGUUCACUCUGCUGUGGGCUUAUUACAAGUAUCCCGUUGUUAUUGUACUGUACGGGUGCAUUCCAAUAUGCGACCUUGCGUGCUCCACUUAUGCU